CAUGUCCAUGUGUCCUCUCCGGACUCAUAUCUGUGUGUUAUGAUUUUAAAGAGUCUCUGGGGUGGAAACUGGAAAUAAAUCUCUCUGGAUGAGUUUGAGGAAGAGGAGAUCUACUCUAUGAAAAGGAGGAGCCGACGCUUACAUAGAAACACCCAUUCACACCGGAGACAAGCAACCGACAUUUAUUAACUUAAUAAAGAUGGGACGCUUCAUUCAAAACGACAUUCACACAUCAAGGUGCUAGAUGGUGGUUGUAAAGGCUCUACGUAAUGCUGAGCGGACUUGUCCUUGGUCAGAAUGAGUAUCAAAGAUGGCGAUGGAAUGACUAGCCAAGAUGGAAAGGCCUACGAACUUCAGAUAUACCCCCGCCUCUCUCUGGAGACGGCGCCAUGUUGCAUACUCAAAGUCGCCAAGGAGGCCACAGCCGCGAGCGUCGUUCAGGAUGCGGCAGCAAACCUCGGUCUGGACGCCUGCAAAUGCUACGUCCUGGCCGAGGUGAAAGAGUGCGGCGGGGAGGAAUGGGUCCUUGAAUCUACUGACCUUCCAGUGCAGCGGGUUCUUCUUUGGCCACGUAAAGCCCAGGAACAGCAUUCUCGGAACGAAGGAUUUUACUUUCUCUUGCAGGAAUGCAAUCGUGAUGGUUCCAUCCGUUAUGUGCACCUGCCUGCCAUGGCAAACGAACAGGACUCCAAGAAACUGGUUGCUCGCGGUUUCCUCCCUCCAAGGCCGGAUGACUUUGAAGACCUCUGCAAUCUUCCAGACCUCAGCGAGGACAGCAUCUUGGUGAACCUUCGCGAUCGCUUUCAAAAGAAGAAGAUAUACACAUAUGCUGGAAGUAUUCUUGUUGCUAUCAACCCGUUUCAGUUUUUACCCAUUUAUAACCCGAAAUAUGUCAAAAUGUAUGAGAACCACCAGUUGGGCAAGCUGGAGCCCCACAUUUUUGCCAUUGCUGAUGUAGCUUACUAUGCCAUGCUGCGUAAACAUGUCAACCAGUGUAUCGUUAUCUCAGGAGAAAGUGGAUCGGGCAAAACGCAAAGCACUAACUUCCUUAUUCACUGCUUGACGGCUCUGAGCCAAAAGGGCUAUGCCAGCGGCGUAGAAAGAACCAUCUUAGGCGCUGGACCAGUUCUGGAGGCAUUUGGCAACGCAAAGACCGCCCACAACAACAACUCCAGUCGUUUCGGAAAGUUCAUCCAGGUGAAUUAUCUGGACAGUGGAGUCGUUCGAGGAGCUGUGGUGGAGAAAUAUCUCUUGGAGAAGUCUCGCUUGGUAUCCAGAGAGAAGAACGAGAGGAACUAUCAUGUGUUUUACUACCUGCUGGUGGGCGUGUCAGAAGAGGAGCGGAGAGAAUUCAAACUCCUGCAGCCUGAACAAUACUUCUACCUCAAGCAGCAAAACUUUACAAUAGAAGAUGCGGACGACUUGCGGCACGACUUUGAGCGACUGCAGCAGGCCAUGGAGAUGGUCGGCUUCCUACCGGCCACCAAGAGACAGAUAUUCUCUGUCCUGUCAGCCAUCUUGUAUCUGGGUAACGUGACGUACAGUCAGAAGCCAACAGGCAGAGAAGAAGGUCUGGACGUGGGACCUCCAGAGGUUCUUUCCACCCUUUCGGACCUUCUAAAGGUUAAAGAGGAGAUGUUGGUGGAAGCUCUCACCAAGAGGAAAACGGUGACCGUCAACGACAAACUUAUUCUGCCCUACAGUCACAGUGAGGCAAUCACGGCACGAGACUCCAUGGCGAAGUCGCUCUACAGUGCCCUGUUUGACUGGAUUGUCCUGCGAAUCAAUCACGCAUUGCUUAAUAAGAAAGACAUGGAGGAGUCUGUUUCGUGUUUGUCUAUUGGUGUGCUUGAUAUCUUUGGCUUCGAAGACUUCGAGACCAACAGCUUUGAGCAGUUCUGCAUCAACUACGCUAACGAGCAGCUUCAGUAUUACUUUAACCAGCACAUCUUUAAACUUGAACAGGAGGAGUAUCAGCUAGAAGGCAUCACCUGGCACAACAUUGACUACACCGAUAAUGUCGGGUGUAUUCACCUGGUCAGCAAGAAACCCACUGGACUCCUGUAUUUACUUGAUGAGGAGAGCAAUUUUCCUCACGCCACUGAUAAAACCUUGCUGGCGAAGUUCAAACAACAGCAUCAACAGAACUCUUACUUUGUGGCUACUCCAGUGAUGGAACCAGCCUUCGUUAUCCGCCACUUCGCUGGGAAGGUCAAGUACCAGAUUAAGGACUUCCGUGAGAAGAACACGGAUCACAUGCGGCCGGAUAUCGUGGCCUUAUUGCGCAGCAGUGACCGAGCAUACGUCCGCCAGUUGAUCGGAAUGGAUCCUGUGGCGAUGUUUCGUUGGGGAAUUCUUCGUGCCUCCGUUCGUGCCCUGGCCGCCUUCAACGAAGCAGGACGCCGCUGGGCAGCCAAGACUGCUGGUGUGGUGAGACCAAACUCCAGAGUACCACUCGGGGAGCUGCAGAGAGCAAAUGUGCCCAUUGAGAGGAUGUACCGGGACAUGCAUGCCCAAAUCAUCAACUCCAUUAAGGACUUGCAGCUGGAUGGGGAAGAUCCACGCAAGCUGCUGCAGUCCUGGGGUCGCCUACGGUUCCCACGCCACGCCCUCCAGAAAAACAAGAGCCCCAAGAGCAAGCAGCUCAUUCCCAAGAACUUGUUGGACUCUUGUUCGCUGAAGUUCGUAGUAAGCCUCCUGGACCGCACGUCCAAGUCUCUGCUGCAUCUACACAAGAAGAAACGUCCUCCCAGCAUCAGUGCCCAGUUUCAAACGUCUCUAAGUAAACUGCUGGAGACACUGGGGAAGGCUGAACCGUUCUUCAUCCGAUGCCUCCGCUCCAAUGCGGAGAAGAAGGAAAUGUGUUUCGAUGAGGCACUCAUUGUGCAGCAGCUGCAGUACACAGGCAUGUUGGAAACGGUGCGCAUUAGGAGGUCAGGCUAUGGAGCCAAAUACACCUUUCAGGAGUUUAUUGAGCAGUUCCGUGUGUUGCUGCCAAAGAAUGCUACAUCCCUGGAGGACAUUUCAUCUCUGUUACACAAGCUCGGCUUUGACAACACUACCUACCAGAUUGGAAAAACCAAGGUGUAUCUGAAAGAACUUGAAAGGCAAACGCUUCAAGACAUCCUGCACAAAGAUGUCAUGCACAAAAUAAUUUUCUUGCAGCGCUGGUUCCGAGCUAAAAUGGAGAGGUGGGAUUUCAUUAGAAUGAGAGAAGCAGCCAUCUUGAUUCAGCGCUCGUGGCACAGGUACCGCAGGGAGAAGUUCUACAAAGCGGCAGUUCUUAUCCAGGCAGCAUGGAGAGGCACCAAACAGAGAGCUGAAUAUAGAAAUGCACGAGCCUCCGUCACAAAGAUACAGGCACUUACAAGAGGCCAAUCAGCUCGUAAACGGUACCACUUCCUGAAGGAAGAUAAGAGGAAGCGGGAGGAAGAGGAAGCUCGACAGAGGAAAGAGGAGGAAAAGGCCGCAAUGCGUGCCAAGGAAGCUGAAGAGGCAGCAAGGCGAGCGAAAGAAGCGAAGCGGAAGCCAGACGACUCAAAGAGAGAGGAAACGGCUAGAAGACAGAGAGAAGAGGCUGAGCGGCAAGCUGCAGAGAAGCGAGAUAAGAUGGCACUACAACCAGCAGUACUGGGCAAGAAGCCGGACAAUGGGACUUUAGUGCUAGAGCACCAAGAUAAGACUCCAGUGGAUGUUGAGUUUGAAGAUAAGGUCAGAGCCCAUGUCCAGGUCUCAAAAGAGCAAAAAGAUUUGGAAAAGAUUCCUCAAGUUGAGGCUGGCCCUCAUCCUGAGAUAAAGGAACACCAGAAGCAAUAUGAGAACGAAUCUUCUCCACAACCCAAAGAGGAAGUUACACCAGCUAAACCGAACCAAACCAGACCACCUUCACUCUCCAAAGUCCAAUCAUCCAGUCAAGAAAAACGAGAGCUGAGGAGGCAACGUGGCCUAGAGCACAGCCAACGAGAGAGCCAACGGGCGGCUUCAGUGGCUAAAGAUGAUACUUCCUUCAAGAGCAAAACUCUUGAGAGUCCUGGUAAAGCAGAGAGCAAGUUGAAGUUGCGGGCAGACAGCAAAGAGUUGGAUCAAUACACAUUUGUCGCUUGGAAAGGGGAGAAGGUGAAGAAGGACACCAAAGAUGUCCCACCAGGACAUGUUCGGCCCUCAACUUUACCCUUGGAUAUACCUUCUUCUGGACCUGGAAGAAAUGGCUACAGUGACCCAGCCAUCAUUGAACAAAGCAAACAUUCUCAUGCCAAUGAAGAGGCCAAUUGGAGGAAAGAACCCCUUAGAAGCAACACUCAGCCUGAGAACCUUAUAGCAGGACCACACAGUCUAGAGGACAAAGGCAUCAAAUCUCUCCAGAAUCGAGGGAUCUCUAUGUCACUUGAUGAUGUCUCCAGAAUAGGUGCAGCAUCACAGGGCAAAGCUCGUCAAAGACGCAGAAGGCUUGCCCUUGCACGUAUCUGUUUGCCCAUUAAAAGUGUUGAAAUGGAAGAUGCAGAAUACUCGUCUUUACCUUUAUCCACCAUGACUCCACAGCAGACACAGUCCCGUACCGAGGUCGGUCCAGAUGGGGCAAAGGUCAGCAGCCUGAAGGAGCGAAUCCAGGACAGCCACGGACAGCACGAGGUAUUGCCUGUCCAGCCAUCGACCCCAGAGAGGACAACCGGGUUCUUCAGAAAGAUCCUUAAGAAGCGGCCACAUAAAGAAGCUCAAACCCCAGAAGAUGGAGACUUCAUGCUGGCUUCAGUUUUGGAUGAAAGAGAAGGUACCGUCUCUCAAUCACGCUCGCAUCAUCCUAAGGCUCAUGCUGUCCGGCUGGGUCAGACACCCAGCAUCAUGAUCAGUCACUCAGCGCCUCGUGCCUCCGAACAGUGGAACGCCUCACUGAACCGCAUCAUCACCAAUGCCAAUGAGCUACGCCACCUCGAUGAGUUCCUGGGCAAUCAGGUAAAUGACCUGCGCUCACGUGGAAAGCAGCUGUCAGGAACGGAGCACAUCUUUAUCACUGCGACCAUGCAAUUCAGAGAAAUCAUCAAGGGAAUGUAUUCAAUCUCUAAACCUCAGACCGGUUAUAAGGCUUUGAUGAACUGUUAUCAGAAAAAAGUGAUCGUUUUGGCUGGAGAGAAGCAGAAGGGUGAAGUGCCACUGGUGGUCAAUCUGUUCCAGUCUGUUCUAGAUGGAUUCAUCAGAGCCGAGAUCAAGAAAGAAGAGGCCGAACCAACCAAGCCCCCCAAAAAUCGCAAGAUGCGACGGAAGAAGGAUAAGAGCUUGGAGAAUCCAUUGGAUCACGUGUUUACACACUACCAAGUGAACAUCAUGCAGUCGUGCGAUCAGUGCACGUCCUAUAUUUGGGGCAUGGAGAAGGCCUACAUGUGCAGCUAUUGCAAAAUGGUUUGUCAUAAGAAGUGCAUCUGUAAAAUCGUAGUAGCCUGUUCAACUUUCUGCACCAAGAAGUGUGAAGAUGACCCUGGAUCACAACACUUCGGGGUGCGAGUGUGUCACCUGGUCAGCGACAGGACCCCCGUGCCAAUAGUGCUAGAGAUAAUGCUGGAACACGUGGAGAUGAUUGGCCUUUACACGGAGGGCAUUUACAGGAAGUCCGGCUCAGCAAACCGCAUGAAGGAGCUACAUCAGCUGCUGGAAGCAGGCCCAGAGACUGUGUGUUUGGAGGAUUACCCCAUCCAUGCGGUCACAGGCCUGGUUAAACAGUGGCUCAGGGAGCUUCCUGAACCUCUCAUGACCUUCAUGCACUACAAUGACUUCCUCCAUGCCAUAGAACUGCCUGAGAAACAAGAGCAAUUACACGCCGUUUACAAAGUUUUAGAGCAGCUUCCAACAGCAAACUUUAACACCUUGGAGAGACUCGUUUUCCAUCUUGUCAGGGUUGCAAAGGAGGAGAAGAGCAAUCGAAUGACGCCAAACUCUCUGGCCAUCGUUUUUGCCCCCUGUAUCCUCCGCUGUCCAGACAGUGCCGACCCUCUCAUGAGCAUGAAGGAUGUUGCCAAAACAACCACUUGUGUUGAGAUGCUACUUAACGAACAGAUCCGGAGAUACAACGAGAAAAUAGAAGAGAUCGAACAGCUGGAAUAUGCAGAGGCGCUGGCAGUCAAUCAACUCAAGCUUAAACGACAAAACACGUGCUGGCAUUUACCUCUCAGGUUUAUCUCUCCUUACAAAGAAGUGUCGGUCCGCGAGAAGCCAACUUCCGAGCUUUGUGCUGUACCUGAGAACGAAACCCUUGAUUCAGACACCGAGCGAAACCUGGUGGAGCGGAUCAAAUCCAUCAAGCAGGAAAAAGAAGAUCUGGCCUGCAGGCUGCCUGAACUAGAACAGCCCGGUUCCGACCAGGAGAACCUUGACUCGGAAGCGUCGAUCAGCUCUGAAAGCCUGAUGGAUGAGCGAGUGGUCUGUUCGGAUAUGGAAGGAAAAACUAUGGUUUUGCCAAGAUUAUCCAAUCAAGCUUGCCUUCCUAAAUAUGCCAUCCUGGCCCAGGGAGGUAGAACAAGGGCUGAUGGCCCCUCUCUCCCUUCACUGUCUUCUCCCAGGCUUCAGCUCCUGCGUCGCCAUCCCAUCAUCCCUGGAACGGUCAAACUGCCACCAGGAGUCCUCUGCUACCCGGCUGUACAGUCCUUCCCUCCCCGCAAAGCCAAGUCCCUCACCCUCAUCCGACGCCGCGAGCAUCCAGGCCGGCGCAAAGACAGCAUCCAGUCCCUCUACAUCGCAGCGGGAACAGACCUCCUCUUCCCGUCCUCCACUGCAGUCCCAGCCGCCGCCUCCGCAUGGGACCUCCAGACCUCCUCCAACGUCUCCCGGUGCUUCUCGGACCCCGACGUCGCUACCGUAAAAGACGACGUUUGAGUUUCAAAGCUGCCUGCUCUCGAGAGGGCGAUUCGAUCGGUUGCUGUCAUUGCCAUUGGCCGCUUGCUACGGUCUGUGACUGAUGAAGAGAACUGUCUCACCGAGCACUUUUCCAUACUAAUAAUAUAUUGGGGUUUUUUAAGAGACCUUUUUAAGACUGUCCUACAGACAGGCGUUGACAUGCAUCAUGUUUUAUGAUUGUUUUUUUGUAACUUUUUUUAGCGUGAGGAAAAAACGGAAUCUUGCACCUUCAGUCGCUUUCACAAACAUCAACAUUUUUUCGUCUACAGAUAUAUUUAUACAAGCAGGCAAUUUUAAGGCAUGAUUUGGUGGACAAUUUUUGACUACACAGGAGAGAAAGCAGCACUUGCCACUUUCCUCUUGGACAAAAUUCCAGCCCUGAUAAGGGGUGCGCCAUUACCGACUGGAAUUUCCCAGAAUAACGCAGUCCUAUUUUUGAUUUCGCCUGAAGUUUGAUGCUUCGGCAAGCAAUAUGACACUUCAGAUCAGUGUGGAUGUCUAUUGAGAACAGAAUUGUGUAGAGUUAAAUGCAGUUAGUGGCCAAGCCAUUGGGUUUAAUACUAACGUCAGGUGUUAUGACUGUCGUACGUGAUCAUGUUUGAAAAGUAAGAAGCGAAUUCUGGCUGGAUGAGUAUGGUGUUGAUUAUUACAUUUUGCAUCACUAGGACUGUAUGUGUUUGGUAGUAUUGCUGUUUUCAAAUCCUUUAUGAUGCAUCUCUCAAACUAAUUAUUUUCUUACAAUACAAUUUGUACUGGCCGCAAACCUGUGUGUGUGUGUGUGUGUUUUCCUAUAAUUCUUACGGUUUCCUUCGGCUCGAGGUGCCACCAACCAUCAUCCACUCAUGCUCUGCCUCUUCAUGAUCCCAAAAAUCACUAAUGAAUGAACAGAAAUCUCCCCUACGCAUUCAUAUACAUGGAAGUUAAAGUCAUUUUCAGUUGUCAUUUUUAAUGCACAGUUCACUGAGGGUUUAGUGUGAUGAGUUUUGUGCAUGAGCUGCACCAACCAUAUUGUGGGUUUUAUGUUAUUGAAAUGGUUUUUGAGAAAUGAGCUGUACUUGCAUGAUUUCUAAAUAGCUGCCCGGGGGUUUUUACCAAGAUGGCCAUCGUUUGAACAGACUGAAGGACUUUGUUGACUUGCUUCUGUAGGACUUAACUGAGGUAUCCAUUUAAGUGGUCAAUAUUAGUUUUAUGUAAUUGGCAUCGAUGUUGGAUGACAUGUAUAGGAGGGCUUAUUUUUGUAUUUAAAUUGUAUUUCUUUUGAAGUCUGGAAAAGGAAAAAAGUGAUCUAUCUUUCAUACUGUACUUGUAUAUACAUGCUGUAAUGUUCUGAUGCCUGGAUAAAUAUCAAUCAUACUAUUGGAUAUCAACUGUAGCAUAAUCAGUGUCAAUUUCUAAAUGGGGGCAUCCUAAGCCAGAAUGGCCCAUCUUCAACCCUCAACUGGUGAUCGAUUGUUCUGGUACUAUAGACUUUGGUAAGCCUUUCUUACUUCACGUGCAAUGGAGCGACUAGAAAGGCCCUUUCAAACAAUGCAAAGAAUUAACCAAAUACACAAAUCAGGAAAUGUAGAGACUAUCCCAACCUUGCUUUUGGACUUUGGCUUACUCGAGCAGCUGUGUAUUUUGUGUAUGAGCUUUCUGUUAAGGUAAACACACACACACACACACACACACACACACACACACACAAACACAAAUAAAAGAUUAAAGAAAAAUAAAGCACCAAAAUGUACAAUUGUCAUUGUUUGGUCAUCACCGAACUCACUACUUUGACAGAACCUGUCACCUUUUACUCCAAAUGGAAGACAUUUGUACACAACCAAUUGUACUCUUUGGGGAAACGUUUGCAUCUGGGACUAAACAGAUAUGCAUUCCUCCAGCAGAGCGUUGAAGAUCGGGAAGUAUAAGAGAGAAAUUGUCUUUCUUGUGCACCUCAGGUAAAACUGUGGAUCUGUUCCUGUACGUAAACAUGGCCGUUGAUAAUAUGGACGUUUCUGGUGUUAUUGUGUCCCCAAUGAACUGUUGGCUGUUUUCCUUCAUGGUCAAAGCUUGAAUGAGCGCAUGGCAAGAGGACCGAGUCUCCUUUAACGCCUUCGAUUGAAUUGUGUGGAGGGGCUAGAAAACCAAAUAACUGCUCUUUGGAAAAGACGCUGACUAUCACCGCUGGAGUCACGAGUUUGAUUAUUCCAGGGUGUGCUGAGUGACUCUAGCCAGGUCUCCUUAGCAACCAAAUUGGCCCAGUUGCUAGGGAGGGUAGAGUCACAUGGGGUACCUCCUCGUGGUUGCUAUAAUGUGGUUCUCGCUCUCGGUGGGUUGUGCGUGGAUGCCGCGGAGAAUAGCGUGAAGCCUCCACACGUGCUUCGUCUCCACGGUAACGUGCUCAACAAGCCACGUGGAUUGACGGUCUCAGACGUGGAGGCAACUGAGUUUCAUCCUCCGCCACCCGGAUUGAGGCGAGUCACUACGCCACCACGAGGACUUGGGAAUUGGGCGUUCCAAAUUGGGGCGAACAAAAAAAAAAGUACAUUUGUGACAUUGCUUGACAAUUAUUAUUAUUGCUUUACUUUUAUUUCCAUUUUUUUGCUGAUUAUAUCAUUUGUAUUUAUAUUUGUUUUGUUUUUAUUAUUAGAAAAGUGCAAAACCUAUACGCUCGCGGUCUCAGACUUUUAUCCUGUUGCAUUUUCUCUCUUCUUACCUGACCUUCAUAUAAUAAAUCCAAUGCACGAAAUGCAUCAUGCACAACGACAGACAAUAAGAGGCAGUACAUUGAAAAUUGAUUAGAUAUAAAAUACAUUUUAUGCCAUUUUAAAUGAUGCAAUAAAUCACUUUACUGGCAAUUAAAGCUACGGAACAAGGAAGUGUUAAAGAUGUGUUAGCAGAAAAUAUUGUGGGGUUUGUUGAGUGUGUGUGUGUGUGUGUGUGUGUAUAUAUAUAUAUAUAUAAUGUGUAUAUGUGUUUUUCAAUCUCAAAAGAAAUGAAGGAAUUAUAAUAUUGGAGUGUAAAAUGCUUUUAAUAUCAAAUCUGGUACAGUAGUGAAUGUUCAUGUUCUCCAUUGUGAAGUUUCACUUACUGCCCUCUGGAGUAAACAGGUGGUACUACAAGCUUGCAUUUCUCAGGAAUCUUCCUAAUUAUGGUCCGGGGGGGCAUUGCAAUUAAUUACGUUAUUUUUGGAAAAAUAUAUCGCACUAAAUGAACAUAUUGAUAGUCUACUGAAUGUUUGUUGAAACACUGUUUACUAGCUAUAGCAUGUCAGUCGAUUAGCUGUUAUUUUGCUGCUGUUAUACGGGCUAUUGAUAGUCUACUGAAUGUUUGUUGAAACACUGUUUACUAGCUAUAGCAAGUCAGUCGAUUAGCUGUUAUUUUGCUGCUGUUAUAUAGGCUAUUGAUAGUUUACUGAAUGUUUGUUGAAACACCGUUUACUAGCUAUAGCAUGUCAGUCGAUUAGCUGUUAUUUUGCUGCUGUUAUACAGGCUAUUGAUAGUCUACUGAAUGUUUGUUGAAACACUGUUUACUAGCUAUAGCAAGUCAGUCGAUAAGCUGUUAUUUUGCUGCUGUUAUACGGGCUAUUGAUAGUUUACUGAAUGUUUGUUGAAACACCGUUUACUAGCUAUAGCAUGUCAGUCGAUUAGCUGUUAUUUUGCUGCUGUUAUACAGGCUAUUGAUAGUCUACUGAAUGUUUGUUGAAACACUGUUUACUAGCUAUAGCAUGUCAGUCGAUUAGCUGUUAUUUUGCUGCUGUUAUACGGGCUAUUGAUAGUUUACUGAAUGUUUGUUGAAACACCGUUUACUAGCUAUAGCAAGUCAGUCGAUAAGCUGUUAUUUUGCUGCUGUUAUACGGGCUAUUGAUAGUUUACUGAAUGUUUGUUGAAACACCGUUUACUAGCUAUAGCAUGUCAGUCGAUUAGCUGUUAUUUUGCUGCUGUUAUACAGGCUAUUGAUAGUCUACUGAAUGUUUGUUGAAACACUGUUUACUAGCUAUAGCAUGUCAGUCGAUUAGCUGUUAUUUUGCUGCUGUUAUACAGGCUAUUGAUAGUCUACUGAAUGUUUGUUGAAACACUGUUUACUAGCUAUAGCAUGUCAGUCGAUUAGCUGUUAUUUUGCUGCUGUUAUACAGGCUAUUGAUAGUCUACUGAAUGUUUGUUGAAACACCGUUUACUAGCUAUAGCAUGUCAGUCGAUUAGCUGUUAUUUUGCUGCUGUUAUACAGGCUAUUGAUAGUCUACUGAAUGUUUGUUAAAACACUGUUUACUAGCUAUAGCAAGUCAGUCGAUUAGCUGUUAUUUUGCUGCUGUUAUACAGGCUAUUGAUAGUCUACUGAAUGUUUGUUGAAACACUGUUUACUAGCUAUAGCAAGUCAGUCGAUUAGCUGUUAUUUUGCUGCUGUUAUACAGGCUAUUGAUAGUCUACUG